CUCGCUUUCUUGUCCGCCAAUCUUUCUUCCCCUUGUUAUAUGCUCUCUGCAAGUCUGUAUUGAGGGACAACGAAAGUAAGGAGAGAGAGAUAGGUAAGCCAUGAGUCGAGGAAGUGGAGCUGGUUACGAUCGUCACAUAACCAUCUUCUCCCCGGAAGGUCGUCUCUUCCAAGUUGAGUAUGCUUUUAAGGCAGUGAAGGCUUCUGGGAUCACAUCCAUCGGUGUCCGAGGAAAGGAUUCAAUCUGUGUUGUCACACAGAAGAAGGUCCCGGACAAGCUCUUGGAUCAUACUAGUGUUACACAUCUUUUUGCCAUUACGAAGUACACUGGAUUGUUGGCGACCGGCAUGACAGCUGAUGCAAGGACAUUGGUCCAACAAGCAAGGAAUGAAGCAGCUGAGUUUCGUUUCAAAUAUGGAUAUGAGAUGCCAGUGGAUGUAUUAGCCAGAUGGAUUGCAGACAAAUCACAAAUCUAUACCCAACAUGCCUAUAUGAGACCUCUUGGAGUAGCUGCUAUGGUUUUGGGUAUUGAUGAAGAGAAUGGGCCUCAACUAUUCAAGUGCGACCCAGCCGGUCAUUUCUUUGGUCACAAGGCCACAAGUGCUGGCUUGAAAGAACAGGAGGCAAUCAACUUCUUGGAGAAGAAAAUGAAAAAUGAUCCUGCUUUCUCUUAUGAAGAAACUGUACAGACUGCCAUUUCUGCCCUGCAAUCAGUUUUGCAAGAGGAUUUCAAAGCCAAUGAAAUUGAGGUAGGAGUUGUGAAAAAAGAAAAACCGAUUUUCAGAGUGCUGUCAACCGAGGAGAUUGAUGAGCACUUGACAGCCAUCAGCGAGCGUGAUUAAACACAAAGGAAUUGCAUAAGUUGCACGGUUGAAAAUCCUCUGGAUAUGAACAAGGAUGGAUCUUUCUUAUAGAGUAAUGAAGUUGUGGUCAGUAUGCUUAUUUUGGUUCCAUCCCAUUAAUUAUGACUAAUCUCCAUGAUACUGUAUCACUAUCAGAACCUGGGAGAAGUGAAGACUCCCACCAUUUAUUCUAAGGUUCUAAACCAUGAUCUGGAUUUUUUUGCUGAUGGGGCAAGACUAUUUGUAGCAAAGCCGCCUUUUGGGGGGCGUUUGGAUCCAAUUCAAAUUUUCAGUUCUACCAA